AUGGCUGAUAACGCCCCUAUUGCUGAGGGGAGCGUCCCAAACCUUCACAAGGAUGAGGUAACUGGUGAGAUGGUUUCGAAGUCAGAGCUGAAGAAGAGACAGAAGAAGAGAGAGGCAGAUGCAAAAAAGGCUGAGAAAGCCGCUGCUGCCCCGCCGAAGCCCACAGCAGAUAAGAAGAAGAAAUCUGAAAUUGCUGAGGAGGAGGAACUCACGCCUAAUCAAUACUUUGAGAUCCGUUCUCGAGCCAUCAAUAAGCUCCGCGAGACCAAGAGCCCAAACCCGUAUCCUCACAAGUUCGAUGUCAAGAAUAAGAUCUCCGAAAUCAUCUCUACAUACGGCUCUCUCCAAAAGGGUGAGACCAAGCCAGAUGUUGAAGUCCGUGUCGCUGGACGUAUCCACGGUAUCCGUGCAUCGGGGAGCAUGCUCCGUUUCUAUGACCUCCGCGCUGAGGGAGUCAAGAUCCAGAUCAUGGCGCAGGCGCAGGACGCCGUUAGUGACUACCUCGCUCAGCACGAGCACCUUCGCCGUGGUGAUAUCAUUGGGAUUGUCGGAUAUCCUGGAAAGACGAACCCUAGCAAGAAGGAGAACCCUGGAGAGCUCUCAAUCUUUGCUAAGGAGGUUGUACUAUUGACCCCAUGUUUGCACAUGCUGCCGACCGAACACUUCGGGUUGAAGGACCAGGAGACUCGUUACCGCCAGAGAUACCUUGAUCUUAUCAUGAACAACAAAUCCCGUGACAUUUUCAUCACCCGAAGCAAGAUCGUUUCUUAUAUCCGCCGAUUCUUCGACAACCGCGAUUUCGUCGAGGUUGAGACACCUAUGAUGAACGCGAUUGCUGGAGGAGCUACUGCUAAGCCGUUUGUUACCCACCACAACGAUCUUAACAUGGACUUGUUCAUGCGUGUUGCUCCAGAACUUUACUUGAAGAUGCUGGUUGUUGGUGGACUCGAGAGGGUCUACGAGAUUGGUCGCCAGUUCAGAAACGAGGGUAUCGACCUCACUCAUAACCCCGAAUUCACAACUUGUGAGUUCUAUUGGGCAUAUGCCGAUGUGAACGACAUCAUGGACAUCACUGAAGAACUUGUCUCUGAAAUGGUCAAGAGCAUCACAGGAUCAUAUAAGACUAAAUUCACAACCGUGUCUGGAGAGAUCUACGAAGUUAAUUGGGAGAGGCCAUGGAAGAGGAUUGAGAUGAUUCCCGCCCUUGAGGCUGCUACAGGAACUACUUUCCCUCCUGGAGACCAGCUCCACACCAAGGAGACCAAUGACUUCCUGAGGGAAGUCGCUAAGAAACACAACAUUGAUUGCUCACCACCCCAGACCAAUGCUCGUCUCCUCGACAAAAUGGUCGGCGAGUUCAUUGAAGAGACCUGCAUCAACCCCACCUUCAUCACUGGACACCCACAGAUGAUGUCUCCGCUUGCCAAGUACCAUCGUUCUAUUCCGGGUCUCUGUGAGCGUUUCGAGGCCUUCGUAUGUAAGAAGGAGAUUGUGAACGCAUACACCGAGUUGAACGAUCCCUUUGACCAACGUCUCCGUUUCGAGGAACAGGCGAACCAGAAGGAUCAGGGUGACGACGAGGCACAACUUAUUGAUGAGAACUUCUGCCAGAGUCUUGAGUAUGGGUUGCCACCAACUGGUGGUUGGGGUAUGGGUAUUGAUAGAAUGGUUAUGUUCAUCACCGAUAACUACUCUAUCAAGGAGGUGUUGGCUUUCCCAUUCAUGAAGGAUGAUCACUCCGAGAAGAAGACCGCCGCCGAGGUUGUUGGAAUUCGUCCGAGUGCUCCAGUUGAAAGCACUGGAGAGCUUCAAUCAUAG